UUUUCUCUAAUUUUGUUUGGGGGGUACUAUUCAAUUUGAAAUAAUAGUAGUUCAUAUUAUAAAAGGGAUUGCUUGUAAAGAUAUAUUGGGUUGACAACUAAGUGAGUGCGGUUAUUUUAAUAAUAAUCUAUCGACAAAAUCCUCAAUCACUUAGUUGCCAACCCAAUAUUUUGUAUAGGACGUACUGAUUUUAUUUUAUUUUUUUAAUACAAUACGUGUUUCAGGGCUAUUUAAUCAACAAAUUAUUUUAUCUUACUAAUUUAUUAAUUAAUAAUUAAAAUGAACGAAACUACUCGCUAUAUAAAGACUACAUUUGAGAAAUUUGAAGUUAAUAAUUAUGAGUUGUUUCUUCGCUGUAUCAAAGGUACUAAACGUAUAACAACACCUCUAUUUAUAACACCUUCUUGUCGAUACUCAAGUGAGAUAAAAUAUAGUCGUCAUAAUCUGCGUAUAGACUAUAAUUUUGAUACGAGACUAUACAUUGGAUUUUUACAAGUUUUAUAUUCUAUACCUUUUCGUUCUGCGAGGAAGGCAGUUAUAAAUGAAGAAAAUAAAAUUAUCACAUAUGAUAUGACCAAUGGGUUUAAAAGAAAAUUUAAAUUGUCACUUAAUGUUACUUAUAUAUCUCCUGUAACUGAAAAUAUGCUCAGUUUCAAGACUAAACAUAUACAAAGUAUGAUACAACAUAUAAAUACAUUAUGCAUGAAUUCAGAAUUUAAUGAUGUAGCAUUUUGUCUCGAUAAUUCGGUCUUUCCUGUACACAGAAUUAUAUUAUCAGCACAAAGUUCUGUUUUUGAAAAUAUGUUCAACUAUGAACAAACUAACCCACAGGAAAGAAAAAUUAUUACUCUAAAGAACGAUAAUUUACCAUAUUAUAGAUAUAAAACUUUUACCAUUAUUUUGCGCUACAUAUACACUAAUAAAAUUGAAGAUUUGGAUAAUAUGGCAAGCGAAGUAAUUUUUUUAGGUGACAUGUUUCAAAUAACGAAUUUGGUAGAAGUGUGUAAGGAUGCUUUGAUAAAACACAUUAAUAAAGUAAACGUAGAGGGAAUUCUUUCUAUUGCAGAGGAUCUAAAUUUACUAGAUCUAAAAGCUCAGUGUAAUGAUUACAAGGAAAGAGGAAGUUCAUCUUCAAGAGAUGAAUAAAAAAAUCCAAAUAAAUAUUCAAGUGUAUUACAAAAAAUUGUGAAUCAUUCGAGGGAUUAUGAUAUUUCAAUGUUUUAUCAAAAAAUUAGUGUAUUAAACUGAUAUGAAGAUAGUUAAAUAAAUACUUUUUCUCUAUUUUUAUAUUAUGU